CGCGGACGGUGGCCGGCAGGCCGUGCGGCCGCCGGCGCGCAGGGCGAUGCAGUUGCCGCCCGCGCUGCACGCCCGCCUGGCGGGGGCCCCUGGGGCGGCCGCGCCGCUGCCCGUGCAGCGGGACUCCCUGGCUGGGAACGCGCCCUUCCGCUUCGCGGCGCGCCAGGUCCGCUUCCCGCGAGAGCACGAGUUCUUCGAGGACGGGGACGUGCAGAGGCACCUCUACCUCCAGGAUGUGAUUACGCAGGUGGCUGCGGAGCCGGAGAGGCCCAGGGUGCCUGAGUUCACUUGUCAGGUGGCUGGCUGCUGCCAGGCGUUUGACGCCCUGGAGGACUAUGAGCACCACUACCACACUCUGCAUGGAAACGUCUGCUCCUACUGCAAGCGGGCCUUCCCCUCCGGUCACCUGCUGGACACCCACAUCCAGGAGUGGCACGACUCACUGUUCCAGAUCCUGGCCGAGCGGCAGGACAUGUACCAGUGCCUGGUGGAGGGCUGCACGGAGAAGUUCAGGACCAGCAGAGACCGGAAGCAGCACCUGGUGGCUCAUCACCUCUACCCUGCAGACUUCCGCUUUGAUAAACCGAGGAAGGGCAGCCGCCCAGCCUCGCAGGUGUCGACAGAAGCCGCCGGGGAGGACCGGGCACCCUCUGAAGGAGACGCCAUGGAAGUCUGCUCCGAACACGCAGAGGCCCACCCAGAACCUCCAAGAGAGAGGCGGGUCUACGGCCACAGGGUACCGUCGACCAUCUGUUUUGGGCAGGGUGCCUCUCGAGGAUUUAAAAGCACCAAGAAGAGAAGCAAGCGCCCGUGAUGGCGGAGCCCGGCCGACCGCUCUGCUCGUCCCUGGCCGUGAAUAGCCAGCUGACUGGGGCCGCGGGGCAUGCGCGGGUCCUGGGUAGGGACCCCUUGUGGGUGACCAGGGUUUGGGGAGCAGCCGCCACCCCGCACGACGCCCUUUGGAGACACGUGGCGUAAAGAGUUUUCCUUGAGUGCUGUAGAUGGCUGAGACGCGUGGAGUAAAGGGCCUUCAUUUACAUGGAGUGAUGGCCAUCCUUCUGUGCUGGGUGACAGGAUUUCGUCCUCGGGGGCCACUUCUCAGAGGGGGCGAUGGGGUGACAGGUCCCUGGGGGCUCUUCCUAGUUUUGGGGAGAUGCCCGCGGCCCUGGUGCCCGCGCUCGGGGCAGACUCCGCCUCGGGCGGGGCUGCGAGGCCUGCGGAGCCAGAGGGGCGUGGCCGGGCGGCGGCAGGGCCCAGGCGGGCAGCCCGGCCCGGUUUGGCGAUGCAGGCCCGCCACGCUGGGCUUGGGAGCGGGGCCGUCCCCCUGCGGGGCCCGCUGGGCGCCUGGGUCUGGGGUCUGGCCGGGUCAGCGGGCGCUGGUCUCGGGCCCCUCUGAGCCCCGGCAGAGCUGCGGCCGUCUCCUCCGCGCUGUUCCCAGCAGCACUGAGGUCGCGCGCCGCCCUGCCUGCCCCGCGGGGCUGUUCUGCACCUGGGCUGCUCUCUCUUCAGGUGGCCCCUCUGGCCCGUUUUCGGCUCCUGCUCCUUCUGGGAACCCAGAGACAGUCAGACGCCCGCACUCUGCCCUCCAGCAGCCCUUCCCGGUUUCCUGUCCCUCGCCUGUCUUUGCUGCAUUCCGGGUAAUUGCUGGAGACCCAUCUUUCAGUUCCCUGAUUUUCCUAUCAGCCGUAUCAGGUGUGCUUUUGAACUCACUCACAGGGUUCAAUUCCGAAGUUAUGAUUCUCAGUUCUUCUAAGUGCUACGUUGUUCUCUAAUUGGCUGGACGUUCAUAGCUUUUAUCAAUCUCACCUUUUCUUUCUUAACGUAUUAACCCUAUUGUACUCUCUCUGACUGGUAACACCAAUGCUUGGUGUCUGUGGGUCUGAUCCCGCUAUCAUCUUUCCUGUUGCCUCACGCAUGCUGCCUUCUUUCCUGGGGAAUUUUGUGAUGUUUGGCUGUGAGUUUUUAUUUCUUGGAGUUUACCACUGGCGUUUCUCUGACACGUCUAAGCUCUAGCUGAAGAAGUGAAUAAUUGUUUCUGCCAUAUGACUGCAGGUCUGUGAUCUAGGACCACUUCACAAUAAAGUAUUAGAAAAACA